AAACCUUUCUUCGUCGUUGUAUAAUCCAUCGUUGAACAAUUCAAAUUACUAUUUCCCCAAACCAAAAAUUUCUCUCGAGUUCUUUUUUUUUCUAUCAACAAUGGCGUUCAAGAAAAUGUUAGCUCAACGUCUUUCCAAUGCAUGCAAAACCACCAGUUUUUCCAUUUCAUCAUGUCGUAUAUCUUCAUCAUCAAUGGCUGAAAGAACACUUACCCCACCUCAUCCUGAUAAAAAAAGAAUCUCCCCUGAACCUGGAGAUAAUAAUAAUGGAAUAUUCCGGCGAUUAAUCCACCGGCAACCCAUGUACCCAUCUCCGGCAACCUCGCCGGAACUCCGGUCACUACCCACCGGUGAAACUCUCAUUGAGAAACUCCGUCAAAUGGACAUUAGUAGAAACAGAAUCAAAUUUGAUGGACUCAUAAAGCCCAAAGAGGAGUCACCGGAGGGGAAAUUGACGGUGGCUGAUGUGAAGAAGGUGUUAAGGUUGUCACAAUUGGAGAUGGUGAAGUUAAGGUUAAAGGAAAUUGAAAAGAAUUGUAUAUCGUACUCGGAAUUUGUUAAGAUUUGUUCUGGAAUUUGUUCGAGUAGUGAACAAGGUGUCGAAUUCGCGAAGAUUCUAGAUGAUUCUGGAACUGUUAUUGUUCUUGGAAAUGUUGUGUUUCUCAGGCCUGAUCAGGUAGUGAAAACUCUACAAGCUCUAUUGCCAAUGCCCAUGACGAACCCAAAUGACCCACAAAUGAUAAAGGAGCUCAACCAAAUGGAAGAGGAAAAAACAGCAAUUGACAAGAAAGCAGAGUCAUUGGUGCGUAGAGAAUUAUGGUGUGGGCUAGGUUACUUUGUCAUUCAGACAGCAGCAUUCAUGAGAUUGACAUUCUGGGAACUAUCAUGGGAUGUCAUGGAACCAAUUUGUUUCUAUGUCACAUCCUUUUACUGCAUGGCUGGUUACACCUUUUUCCUAAGGACGUCGAAAGAGCCUUCUUUCGAAGGAUUUUUCCAGAGCCGGUUUGUCGCGAAGCAAAAGCGACUCAUGAAGCUAAGGAAUUUCAAUCUUCAAAGGUAUAACGAGCUCAGAAGAGCUUGUUAUCCUCAAUCGUCGUCACCUCCAACCUUAACGUUUAAUUCAUCUGAUAAAAUGUAAACAAGACCGAAUUUCACCAUUUACAUGAACAUUUUGCUAGGUAGAAGUAUUUAUUUUAGGAAUAGGAAUUACUUUUACUAAGAAGGGAGUGCAAACGAGAGAAAAGAGACGUCAAUUAGUCUC